AUGUCGUCACUCCACCCAGCUGAUAACCUUCCAUUCUCCUGGGCUCCGGGGCAAUUGGUCCUGGUGCCGCUGGUGCCGAAUCGCCAUUCCGCGGUGAAUCAACCGGUAGUGCUGUCAACCACUGCUUGGUUGCUGAAACGAGCCAUGUCACAGAUGCUGAGGGACAUUUUGUUGGAAUUUGACAUCAUGGGGAGCCCGGGGU